AUGGGCAUCAAAGGAUGCUGCACAGAACGUGCAUCCCCGCCGCCCCACUGGUCGGUGCCGAGACGUCGAGGCCAGUCACCUCCUCCUCCUCCUCCUCCUCCUCCUCCAGCCAGGCGGACCGCGCCAGUCCACUUCUGUGGGGGCGACACCCAGCCCGCAGGCCACACGCCCCGCGUGUGCGGCGCCUUUAUUUACUUCGCUCCAGAGCCAUCAGCCCCCCUCCUGACAAGUCUGGAAAGCAUUUCGGUGACGCGAUGUUGGGGACACUGGCCCGCCGACCGCCGCUUCCGGCCGCCCACCAACCUGCGCAGCGUCUCGCCCUGGGCGUACAGGAUUUCCUACGACCCAGCUCGCUUCCCGAGGUACCUGCCUGAGGCCUACUGCCUGUGCCGCGGCUGCCUGACCGGGCUCUUCGGUGAGGAGGACUUCCGCUUCCGCAGCGCACCUGUCUACUCCCCGGCCGUAGUGCUGCGCCGCACCGCGGCCUGCGCGGGCGGCCGCUCAGUGUACGCUGAACACUACGUCACCAUCCCGGUGGGCUGCACCUGCGUGCCCGAGCCCGACAAGGCCUCGGACAAUGCCAACUCCAGCAUGGACAAGCCAGGAGCCAAGCUGCUGCUCGGGCCCAGCGACAGGCCAGCAGGGCGCUGAUGCCAGGGACUGGCCGCCGCCGCCACCCAGCUUCCUUCGUGCAUCUGUUCCCCCAACCCAAGCCCUACCCCACCCCUGCCGCUGCCCACUUUUUCCGAAGGGACAGCUACAUAAGCUUUAAAUAUAUUUGUAUUUUUCAAAGUAGACACUACAUACCUAAGGCUAUUUUGAAUAGAGGCAGAAACUAUUUUCAUAUUAGUAAUUUAGAGCAAGCAUGUUAUUUUUAAAACUUCCUUGACAUACAAGCAAAUUACAAACAUCCGUUUUCCUCUAAUAGGAUUCUUGAGCGCAUAAUUGUGGUGCUCAGAUGAACUGCUUUUAGCUGACACCGUGCUCUCUCCCUGAGGCUGACUGUUGCCAAAGCUCACCGAGGUGAAAUGGAUGCUCCGAAUCUGUGCCCCGAGGCCUCUCGGGUCCACGGAGAGAGGGAUUUGAGGGGCCUCCGGGUUCUGGGAACCAAACUCUCUUUUGUUCUGUAGCAUAUGGAUGGUCUCAACUUUAUGACAACUUAAUUUUUUUUGGUGUUUUUCUUCCCCUUUUAAAAGCCACUGGCCUCAAUUUAUGGCAGGAGGUGGAAUGUGGCAUCUUAGCCAGUUCUCAGGGAGCUCCAAGUACACACCGGCUUAGUUUUAUGGGCUUUUGGAUCAGCCAAGCCUGCGGAGGAAGGAGGGCCGGGUCUCCAGAGGUAUUACGUCUGAGUGUGAAGUCUGCCCCUGAGCACGUUUGUAAAGGGUCUUUUUCAGUCACUAAAACGAUGGUAGCUGAAGGA